AUGCCCACCGAGACCAUUUUUAUUGAAUCUGCCAAUGACAAGGUGCUCAUUGAGACAAAACAAAGCUACAAUGGAAUUCCUUGUACAGAAGCCCCAACUGCCAUCCUUGCUCAUCCUUAUGGUCCAUUAGGAGGCCAUAUGAAUAACAAUGUCGUAUCUUCACUACACCGAGGAUGUGGCGAAUCCAAAGGAAGAACCAGUUGGACUGGAAUGGCUGAACGAGGCGAUUAUCAGGCGGUGAUCGACCAUGUCCUUCACAGCCCUGAUUAUGCAAGCAAAUAUCCAAAACCAUCAAGAUUGAUGAUAUGUGGAUAUUCGUAUGGUAGUAUGAUUGCUUCUUCUAUAGAAGCCCCUUGUUCCCUUCCGUGUUUCUAUUUGUUGAUAAGCUAUCCUCUGUCAGUUACAUGGGCACUUGCACUAUUCAAAGCUUCCUUUUUCCGAUCACAGAUUACAAAACUGCUAGACCACUAUCGAAACCAGGAAGAUGCAGAAGGAGGUGUUCUUAUAAUCUAUGGUGACAGAGACCAAUUCACGUCUAGUAAAUCCUAUGAAAGAUGGUUAGAGAACCAGAUUGGUGGCCACGUGAAGGCCGAGGUUGUGAAGGGUGCCGACCAUCUGUGGUUUGAUUAUGAGCAAUUAUUGGUUACAAUGGUGAACAAAUGGUUAAAUGGAAAAUAG